GAGCCAGUGUAGCAGGAAUUGCCACAGAGAUGCACAGGGUCUUUCCAUGAAAGCAGAAAUAACCUCACACACACAGAGACAGUGAAAGGUAAGAGAUACGGGGGCAUCCUCCCUUUUUCACGGCUGGGUGUAUAAUCCGUUCUGCAGACAGAGUGAACAGCAGGGUGGAAGGAUUCAGCACUUAAAAGGAUCUCAGCAUCCAGCGAUGUGUUUUUUGCUGGCCACAUUCACUGACGCUCAGUUCCGGAGAGACUCUGGGAUGCACAUACACUGGAAUGAGGUUUUAUGCAUAACAGGCUUUUCAGAUGAGCUCACGUUGUGAGUGACCCGAGAGACCCUUUUUCCUGCAUAUUUGUCUGUCUCACGAGUAGCCAUGCCUGUUCUCUCACCUACCAAAGGUUUACAUGAGAUGCUAGCCCUCCUCACCUCACAGCUGCAUCCAGAAGCUAAUCAUAAGGAGGACCUGGUCUUCCUCAGAGAGGUGUUCAGUGAGAGAGGCCUCAGCAAUCUUAUGAAAAUCCAUGAGCGACUGAGGCAAUUCCAGCUGCAGAGCCCGACCCCAGUGCUCCACAGCGCCUCCUGCCUGGUAGAGGACGUUGCUGAGGAGCUGCAGAAUGGACCACUGGAAGAGGAUGAGAGAGAGCUAUUGAUGCUUCUGACUGCUCCACAUGUGAAGGCAGUGCUGACAGUACAUGACACGGUGGCGCAGAAGAACUUUGACCCCAUGCUCCCCCCUCUGCCGGAUGAUCUGGAUGAUGAAUUGGAGGAGGAAUCUGUGAAGAUUGUGCGUUUGGUGAAGAACAAAGAGCCUCUGGGUGCGACCAUCCGCAGGGAUGAGGUAACUGGGGCAGUGGUGGUUGCUAGGAUCAUGAGGGGCGGGGCUGCAGACCGCAGUGGUCUGGUGCAUGUUGGAGAUGAGCUAAGAGAGGUCAAUGGAAAUCUCAUCAUACACAAACGUCCUGAGGAGAUCAGUCAGAUUCUGUCUCAGUCUCAGGGCUCGAUCACUCUGAAGAUAAUUCCUGCCAUUAAGGAGGAGGACAGAUUCAAGGAGAGUAAGGUCUAUUUAAGAGCCUUGUUUGACUACACACCGUUUGAGGACAAGGCCACACCCUGUCAGGAGGCGGGACUCCCUUUUACACGUGGAGACAUCCUGCAGGUGGUCAGCAAGGAUGACCCGACAUGGUGGCAGGCCAAACGAGUCGGAGACAGCAACCUGCGUGCCGGCCUCAUUCCCUCAAGACAGUUCCAGGAGAGACGACUGAUGUAUAGGAUUAAAAUGGGAACAUACCAGAGCCCUAAAUCUCCUAGAGCAGCACCAUGUGACCAGAAUAGUGAAAAAGAGGACUGUGACAGUGAAGGCAGUGGCAGUGGACAGCACAUAGUUUCUCCAAAGUGUAAGGUGGUGGCACCAUCCUGUGGCCAGGCCUUUUUCUGGGAGUUUUACUCAGCUGGUCUUAGGAGGAGCUUCAGGCUUAGCCGCAAAGAUCGCCAGGGUUCGCCCACAGAAUCUCGCCCUGCGGAGUCCACCGAGAUUGAGUUCCUCAUAUAUGAAGAGGUGAUUCUACAUCAGAUGAGACCCCAAGAUAAACCAAGACUUGUUGUGCUGAUAGGCUCUCUUGGUGCUCGGAUCAAUGAGCUGAAGCAGAAGGUGAUUGCUGAGAAUCCUCAUCGGUAUUGCGUCGCUGUUCCACACACAACAAGACCCAAGAAGAGCCAUGAGAAGGAGGGUGUAGAAUACCACUUUAUCUCCAAGCAGGCCUUUGAGACUGACAUCCAAUCUAAUAAGUUUAUUGAAUAUGGUGAAUACAAGAGUAACCAAUAUGGGACGAGUCUGGAGUCCAUUCGGAGCGUACUGGAGAGAAAUAAAGUGUGUCUGGUAGAUGUUCAGCCUGAGGCCCUUAAAAUCCUUAGAACGGCAGAGUUUAAGCCCUAUGUCAUCUUUGUAAAGCCACGCAUCCCUGAGAGUCGUCGGCUGCGUAGCACUAGCACAUCACCAGUAAGGGGUGAUAAUGGACACAUGACGGAUGAAGACCUGCAGGACAUGAGACAGUCUGCCGAGCAGAUGGACCAACAAUACGGCCACCAAGUGGACAGGGUCCUUAUAAAAGAGGACUCUGCCAGUGCCUGUGCGGAGCUGAGGAAUAUUCUGGAACGACUCGAGAGGGAGCCACAGUGGGUGCCAGUCAGCUGGGUCCGAUCUUGAUCCUUCCUGUAUUCAAACACUUGCAUUGGUGUAAUGAAAACAGACCAUCUCUGCCUCUGAGUCUGCUGUCUGUCUGUUUUCCUUUCAUCCCUUUGACUGACAUAAUACAAAGAAAUUGUUAUUCUGCUGUAGUAUUGAAGACCUUUAUUUCUAAAAUUUUGCAUUGAAGUAGCAUUGACAAAAAUGUAUCACUAAAAUGCCCCUGAUCUGACUGAUGUCCUUCUUUCUGUUGAGUGAGCUGCACAUAACAAUAUCAUGAUGGAGAGAAAUGGAGGAUAGUACCACUUGGAUUGAGGACAUCAAUGACUUGGGUUUACUCACUGUGUCAAAGCUAUGUUUAUGUCAGGCAAAUGUCUAGUCAUGUGAAGGUCUCUUGGUUUGUUAUCUUCAUCUUAUGCUGGCUGUGUAUAUUUAGUCCAAUGUAAAUGGGAAUGUUGAAAGAUAGCAUAUUGUAUAUUUGCAAAUAAUUUCAGUGUUUAUAUCCGUGCAAAAGCAAAAGGCAAUAUUUCGUAUUUGGUCAAUCUGUCUAUAUUUUGGAUGUAAUUGUCAAUGUUUUUUUUUUUUUUU